AUUCUGUACCGUUAGAGUGUGGAUCUGUUCCGUGUCUGUGUUUGUAGUUUUGUUGAUAAUUGAAGUUGAUGAACGCAGAAAAAUGGAGUCCAAAAUUUCAGUAACUCAGGAUGAGUUCAGCUGUUCAGUCUGUCUGGAAACACUGAAGGAUCCAGCUGCUAUUCCAUGUGGACACAGUUUCUGUAUGGUGUGUAUUAACAACUGCUGGGAUUGGGAGGAUGAUAAGGGAACAUACAGCUGUCCACAGUGUAGACAAACCUUCACUCCAAGACCUGUUGUGAGGAGAAACACCAUGCUGGCUGGAGUUGUGGAGAAACUGAAGAAAACAGAACUUCAAGCUCCACAUCCUGGUCACUGUUUUUCUGAACCUGAAGAUGUGGAUUGUGAUUCCUGCACUGGGACAAAAUCCAAAGCUGUAAAAUCCUGUCUGGUGUGUUUGGCCUCUUUCUGUGAAACUCACCUUCAGCCUCAUUAUCAAAUUCUGUCUUAUAAGAAGCACAAGCUGGUUAAGGCUUCCAGAAGACUCCAGGAUCAGAUCUGCUCUCAGCAUGAUAAACUGCUGGAGGUUUACUGUCGUACUGAUCAGCAGUGUAUCUGCGUGUUGUGCACCAUGGAUCAUAAAGGACAUGAUACAAUAUCAGCUGCAGCAGAAAGAACUGAGAAACAGAAGCAGCUGCUGGAGAUCCAGAGAAAAUUCCAGGAGAAAAUCCAGAACAGAGAGAAGGAACUUUGUGAACUGAUAAACGCUGUGGAGUCUCACAAGUGUUCUGCACAGACAGCAGUGAAGAACAUUGAGAGGAUCUGUACUGAACUAAUCAACUCAAUUAACAGAAGAUGCUCUGAGCUAAAAGAUCUGAUCAGAGAUCGAGAGACAGCAGAAGUAAGUCGAGCUGAAAAAGUCCUGAAGCAGGUGGAGCAGCAGAUUGUAGAGCUGAAGAGGAAAGAUGCUGAACUGGAACAGCUUUCACACACAGAGGAUCCCGUCCAUUUCCUCCAGAAUUUUCAAUCUCUCUCGGCUCCUGCUGGAUCUGCAGAAUCAGCCGCCAUCACAAUCAGUCCUUUCCCCUCAUUUGAUGAUGUUACAAAGUCUGUAUCUCAGCUGAGAGAGAAAGUAGAAGAAUUCUGCAAAGAGCAGUGUGCGAAGAUACCAGAUGAAGUGAAGAAAGUCUGGAUCACUCUGCCUACUGAACUUAAAAUCAGAGAAGAUUUUCUACACUAUGUUUGUCAGUUCACACUGGAUCCAAACACAGUAAACAAAUUCCUCCGUCUGUCUGAGGAGAACAAAGUGGUGACCCGGAGUGAAACAGAACAUUCGUAUCCUGAUCAUCCAGAUAGAUUUGAUAUUUACUCUCAGUUUGUGUGUAGAGAGAGUGUGAGUGGACGCUGUUACUGGGAGGUUGAGUGGAGUGGGAAUGUUGGGGUUUAUAUAGCUGUGUCAUAUAAAAGCAUCAGCAGGAAGGGACGUGGUGAUGAGUGUGUGUUUGGAUGUAAUGAUCAGUCCUGGAGUUUGUUCUGUUCUCUAUUCGGAUUGUCAUUCAGGCACAAUAACAAAGACACUAAAAUUCCCACAAUGCCGAGUUCCUCUAGAAUAGGAGUGUAUGUGGAUUAUGACGCAGGAACUCUGUCCUUCUACAGCGUCUCUGAUACAAUGAAGCUCCUCCACAGAGUUCAGACCACGUUCACUCAUCUCCUCUACCCGGGGUUUGGUCUUUGUUUAGGAUCAGAAGUGAAACUGUCAGAUUUAACAAAUUAAAUGUAAAAUUUACAUGAAAGUGUAACAUUAAACUGUUUGAGUGAUUUUAGAAUCUGUGAGGCAGUGAUACAUUUAUGAAGAUUUUUUAUUUAUUUAAUUUAUUAACCACCAUUUAUUUAGUGCUGUGAAAAAGUAUUUACCCCCUUUCCUGAUUUCUUCUUUUCUUAAAUAUUUAUCAUCUAAAUCAGUGGUUCUCAAACUGUGGUAUGCGUACCACUGGUGGUACCUGAAGCAGCAUGAGGUGGUACGCCAGAUAAUCUCGGAAAAGUAAUUAUAUGCACCGAAAAAAUAAAUCAUUUAAUAAUUAUAAAAAAAAUAAAAAUAUGAAACAAAAUGUGUAAAUUAAUAAUAAAAUCUGUUUCAA